AUGGAACCUAGCCUGAGUGGAAGCAGCCGAUCCAGCUCGUCAUCCUCAGUCACCCGCAAGGCCGAGUUUUCGAAUCCGACACUUUUACCGUAUGGUAAUACCAAAUAUUCGAGAAAGAUGCGCUACGCUACUCGAAAUCCGUUAGCCAACUCGCUCUACAGGCGAGUGAUUGUCUGGGCUAUUGCUGCUGCAAUUACGUAUCUCGUCUUUUUUUCCGGUGAAAGAGAUGUACAAACUGUCACAGUUGUUAAAAAUCCAACAACUCCGGUUGAUCAGAUGAUGGAAGCGGCUGCUGCUGUGGCAGAAGCCGGAGUUGCACCACAAAAGGCUGCCAUGGUUCACGAGAUGGCAGCUCCUGCACAGCCAGCAAAGCCAGCACCAAAUAUGAACAAGAAGAAGAGGCCACCACCUAAAAAGAAGCCAAAUUCCCUUGCUGAACUCGCUAAAAGCAAUGCAAAGCUUGAGGUGGAGCGCCUGCUACGGGAAAAAGAGAAGGCAGACAAGAAAGUCAGCAACAAAAUCAACGACGAUAACGACGACGAAGACGGUGAUGAUGAGGACGAAGUAGAGGAGAAAUCCGCCGAUGUUCCUAUUCCAGCCGAGCAAAUCGAUGGCCUUCCUUCAGUACAAAACUCUGACACUGACAUACCUGAGGAGGAAUACCGCCCACAAUACUCAGACGAAGAAGACUUGUAUGAUGAAAGGCUUGCCGAUGGUGACCUCGACCAUCUUGUCGGCAUUCGACCAGAACUUAUUGCCAAGGCAGUUUCCAACUUCAAGUUAAUGCCUUGGCUGCAAUUUCCGCACUUGAACGGAUACUUUCACGGUCUGAAAACACUGGUCGAUAAAGCGCGCCAUAAUCCAGAAUACCCGAACGAAAAAGUUCGCGCACCUUUCAAAGGUGGUGUGAAUUUGAGGAGAAAGGUACCCAAGCCUGUCCCGUACAACCCUUAUGCCAAAGACCCGAAAAGGAAAGAAUGUUUUCUUGACGCAGGCGGGAAGAUCCCCGCUCCGAAUCUGUAUGCCUAUGAGGGUGUACCUGAACAUAUGCCCGAUCCUGCUAUAGGAGCAUAUGAUAUUCUUGGCAUUCGUGAUGAUGUCUGUUUUGAUCGUUUCGGCCGAUACGGUCCGUAUGGUCUGGGAUACUCUUUGGCGGAAGGUGGUACUGGCAUAGGCGUCGACACUGAGAACGCUGGAAGUGACGAAGUGUGGAGAGAAAGUGGUCAAAUUAAUUACUCCAAAGUCGACUGGGGGGAGGCCCAGAAACGAUGUGUUGAAUCGAAUUCCGAGCGAUUGCGCCAACUCGACCCUAAAACAGGUGAACUCGAACGAAUGGUGAAAGGGAAGACGGACAGGAUGGCUAUUGUUAUCCGUCUUUACACUGGCUUCCGAUGGACACAUCACUCCGUGUUGAACUUUCGCGCCUUGAUCAGCGAGCUCAACCUCAAAGCUGGAGGCGAGUACGAUCUUCACUUCUUGUUACAUGUACAAGACGACAAUAUUCCCAUCUGGGCGGAUAAAAUCACCGUUCAGCGUGUGUUGGAUGCCAAUGUCCCCAAAGAAUUUCAUGGGCUAGUCACAGUAUGGAGCGAAUCUCAGAUGAGAUUGUGGUACCCUGGCGACUUCAUGGAACCGUUGCAAAAUCCCAGUGGCCGAGACAUCCACGGUGUCUACCGCAGCGCGCAUCUGCCUCUUCAAGUGUUUGCUGUCGAGCAUCCCGAAUACAACCAUAUCUGGAAUUGGGAGAUGGAUAUGCGAUUUCUUGGAAGUUACUAUGAAUUUUUUGAUAGGUUGGGUAUAUGGGGCAAGAAACAGCCCAGAACUAACAUGUGGGAGCGUAGUGCACGAUACUAUAUCCCCUCAUAUCACGGGAACUGGGACAACUUUAGCGCAACAGCAGCUAGAGAUGCAAUGGAGGCCGACCAACCUCCUGUCUUUGGCCCAGCAUGGUUUCCCGGAAAGCUUCUCUUAAGAGAGGAGCAGUCAAACCGACCAGUGAUGCCUCCAGGAUGUUCCCCUCGCGACGACCGGUCCUCCUGCGGUGUAGGCGAGGACGCAGAUUUGAUCACCCUGAACCCUAUUUUUGAUACAGACGAUUCUGGCUGGGUAUUUUCGUUAGAUGUCACCGGAUACGAAGCCUCGCCACCUCGGAGAUGUGCGAUUAUCACGGCCUCUCGUCUCAGUCGUCGUUUGCUCCUCGCCAUGCACGAGGAGGUUUGGCGCUACCAUCGCAGUAUGUUUUCGGAAAUGUUUCCCACAACUGUAGCCCUGCAUCAUGGAUUUAAGGCUGUCUACGCCCCGCAUCCAGUAUACCUCGACCGCGCGUGGGAUCCAGUGGGCUCCUCGAUUGACGCUGCCUUCAAUGGUGGAGCUGGACACUCGACCUCUGGUUCUGGAAGCCCGUUCGAUGUUCAGAAUGAGCAUAACCACAAAGGCACAUCCUGGUAUUUUAACAGUGAAUUUGCAGGGCUACUCUGGCGAAGAUGGCUAGGGUAUGCUCAAAUGGACGGUCGUGGUCCAUUUGGUGGACAGAUUUCUAAGGGAAAACAGCGUGGUGGGCGGGAGGAGGAGCAGGCCGCAGGAUCGACAGGUCGCAUGUGUCUCCGAAGCAUGCUCUUUCAUCCUAUCAAGCACGAGGAACCCACUGAUUAA